UGUGUGUGUGGGAGGGAGGAAACAGACUAUAAAAGAGAAGAAAUGAAACUGAACUUAUUCACCAACUGAACUUCAGCAGCAACAAGACUCGAAACAUCCUCCGCCUGUAAAAGACAGAUAUGGCAUAUCUUCAGCUUGGGUGUAGCUCUGACCUGAGGGUGGUGCUGGUGGGGCAGGAGAGAGUGGGGAAGAGCUCAGCAGGAAACACCAUCCUGGAAAAGAAGGAGUUCGACUGUAAGAUCAGUUCCUCACCUCUGACGCUGAGCUGUGAGAAGAGAGAAGGUGAUGUUCAGGGUCGCAGAGUCUCUGUGGUCGACACCCCCGGACUCUUCAGCUCUCAGCUGUCUGAGGAGCAGGUGAAGGCACAGCUGGAAGAAGCACUAAAGCUGAGCUCUCCAGGUCCUCACGUCUUCCUCCUCACCAUCCAGCUCGGAAGAUUCACUGAACAGGAACAGAAAGGUCUGAAGACUCUGGAGAAGAUGCUGAGUCCUAAUGUCUCUGAACACACCGUGGUGCUGUUCACCUACGGAGACCGACUGGAAGACAUGGACAUUGUUCAGUUCAUCAGAGAAGACAAGAACCUGCAAGAGCUGCUGAAGAACUGCAGCGGCCAGUACCAGGUGUUCAACAACAAAAACAUGGAGGACAGGGAUCAGGUCAAAGAGCUGUUUGACAAAAUAGAUUCAGUCUCUGAGGGAGGACGAUUGAUUUAUGAGAAAAGAUCUUGGUUAUUGAAUCUAAUGAUCAGAGUUUGGAUGAUUUGCGAACGGUGCCGUUGGUUUUUUAACACCAUCAGUAACUUCUACAGAUGGUUGAGAGCCACAUAGAAUGAGAUGAAUCAAUAUACAGAAGUAAAUAGUUUUUCUCUCAUGUCAGCCUGAACAGACCACCCACCAUUUUGAGUUCCCCUCUCCUACAAGUGAGAUCAGUUCAUUAUGUAACUUUAACAUGCAUGUAGUCAGAGACGUGCACAGACAUGUUGAGGGGCUGUUCCUGAAUGAUGUAUAUGUUCAUUUAACCAACCAAAUCAAGUUUAAAUGUAUCAA